AUGGCCACGAAGAAACGAACCAACGUGGCUGAUGAAGAUGCCUCUAAGAAACUGAAAGUUGAAGAAACGGAAAAAAAGGAGGAAAGUGUGAUUGAUUUAUCGCCGGACAAUACCGAGAUGACAAACGUCGAAGAAUCGGAAGGAUCUACACCAGUCAAAGCUGAGCCAGACUCUGAAGAUGCUGGAAUCACACAUUUCAUGUUCGAUGGGAAUCAAUACCAAUUCAAGGAACGAGCCAGUGUAAUAGAAGAAAAGGAAGGGAAAAUUGAGUUUAGGGUGGUGAACAAUGAUAAUACGAAAGAAAACAUGAUGGUUUUGACCGGCCUGAAAAAUAUUUUCCAGAAGCAGCUUCCCAAGAUGCCAAAAGAAUACAUCGCAAGGCUUGUCUACGAUAGAAGUCAUUUGUCGAUGGCAGUGGUACGCAAGCCUCUCACGGUUGUUGGAGGAAUUACUUACAGGCCAUUCGAUAAUCGCGAGUUUGCAGAGAUUGUGUUUUGCGCAAUAAGCUCGACAGAGCAAGUACGAGGGUAUGGUGCACAUUUGAUGAAUCACUUGAAAGAUUACGUACGAGCAACGUCGAGAAUAAAGUAUUUUCUGACCUACGCGGACAACUACGCAAUUGGCUAUUUCAAAAAGCAGGGCUUCACCAAAGAAGUCAAUCUGGAGAAAAGUAUAUGGAUGGGCUAUAUCAAAGAUUAUGAAGGAGGUACACUCAUGCAAUGCUCUAUGCUGCCGCGUAUUCGAUAUUUGGAUGCCGCUAAAAUACUACUUCUUCAAGAAGCUGCUGUGCAAAGAAAAAUACGGCUUGCCUCCAGGAGUACUGUUGUUUACACAGGCCUAAAGCACUUUAAGGACUUGAGUAACAUAAAACCUAUCGAUCCGAUGGAGAUUCCGGGACUUAAAGAGGCUGGCUGGACUCCUGAGAUGGAUGAAUUAGCGCAGAGGCCAAAGAGGGGACCACAUUACGCUGCUAUGCAGAAUGUUCUGACAGAGGUGCAAAACCACGCUGCUGCUUGGCCGUUUUUACAGCCGGUUAAUAAAGACGAGGUCGCGGACUACUACGAAUUUAUCAAAGAACCAAUGGAUUUGAGCACGAUGGAGAUAAAACUAGAAAACAACAGGUAUGAGAAAAUGGAAAACUUCGUUUAUGACGCACGACUCAUUUUCAACAAUUGUAGGGCCUACAACGGUGAGAAUACAUCAUACUUCAAGUACGCGAACAGACUAGAAAAAUUCUUCUGUUCGAAGAUCAAGGAGGUACCCGAAUAUUCGCAUUUGGUAGAUUAG